GGUUGGGUUCUCGUUAACCCUCGUGACCCGACCCCAUUCCUUUCAAAUUUUUUUGGCAGUUUCUCUUCGGUUUUUUCUGCAAAUUGCAACCAUUCACCACCAUAAAUCAACACAAAGACCUCUCAUCUUCAUUUCUCCAUCAAACCAGAGUUGUUUUGAUCAUUGUUUCACGAUUAACACCCACGUCGGUCCCCGGAUUCCACGACAGCGAUUCCACAGAUCUUGCAAACUCCAACGACAGUGACCACCCUUAUUCAACUCCUUUUGAGGUCAGGAACAAAGCCCAAACAAGUUUGGGGGGAUGGAACUGCGGAUUUGAUGAAUCGGGGUUCACCCAUUUUUGGGGUUUUUAACGGAUCGAGGGUGAUUUGAGGUGUUUCCCAACUGAAUUGGACUUCAGCCCAGAUAUGAAAGUUGUUAUUCUUAUUAUGAUCUACAUUCCUGUGAAAUUUGGGAAUUUUUGUAGUUGAUUUUUCCUACAAGUCGAGCCUGCCAGCCACCGCCUUUUGGCAGCUUGUGCAGCAAAUCGUGGGGGGGAAACCCCAGAUCCCUCCUUAGGUGCAUUGGUAGGAAGUGACUUCAUCCUUGCUAGCUCGAAUGGUUCCCAGGCAACAAAAUAUCUGAUUUAGAAUCGAGGCGUACGAUCCCAACGUCAAGGCACUUUCACAUAGGUAUCUUCAAGUCUUCUCAGUGCUGACCCGUGAUCAUGCACGACUCGCAACCCGGCCCGGAAAUUAACAAACCGGAGUUAUGGUCAGUCAACUGACUGCGAAGAAGCUCGCUGAUCCAACCAGAAAAAUCACAGCUUCCGUACAACAAUGGUGAAAGCCGUCGUCGGAGAGGAAACCCAGCUCAAAUUAGCCGAGGAUCGCCUCGAGCAAUCCUCCACCGCCGUGCAGGUGGGGCUCCUCGUAGGCAAGCUCAGCUCGUCUCUAGACCGAGGUUUCGCCUUCGAUUUGGUCCCAACGCCACCGAACGACGCCGGAGAGCCUGCUUGCUCCGUCGUGGAGCCCGCUAGGGACGACAAGAGAAAGGGGUUUAAACCCAAAUCUCAGCCCUCCGAUUCCUCCUCUCUCUCCAUUGACAAGGACUGGGUCGCCGAACAUGCCCGUCAGGUGUCCAGAAUGUUAGUGGGUGGCAUGAAGGUGGUUGGCAUAUACAUUUGGGCUAGCGAUAGCGCUUUUAAGAAUUCGAACAUCGUGCUUUGCCAGACUGUAAUGGGAGUUGCCAAAGCAGCACCCCUCUCAGAGAGUGAUUGGGAUGAGAGACUGCUCAUUCACAUUUGUUAUAGUCCAAGGAGGUGGACAUGUCGAAAUUGUGCAGUAGCUUCAAAUAUUACAUCAAGCAGCCUAAGACCUUGUGACUUCAAAAUGGGAAGGGUCCUAAAUUCCCUUCAAAGAUUUAGGUGCAUGUACAACUUUGAUAUCAGAUUGCCCAUAUUUCACAAGAAUUCAUCAAAUCUCCAAACUGUUACUGAAGCUCUACGUCAUGGUAUUUCAGUUCAUGCGAAAGAUUUAAAAAGUGCAAAGGCCAUGAUUGAUGGAAAUUUGGUUGUUAACAAUGAUCUAUGCACAUCAGAUGGUCUGCAUGAAGUCGAGUUGCUUCUACCUUUUAUGAAAGAUACUGAAGCCUGCAGCCAAAAAGAUACUGCUGGUAUUCUUGAUUUAAGCGGUUCGGUGUGUUCCUUUGCAUACUUAAAUCCUAAAGAACCAAUUUCACAAGCUGUUGCUGAUAUAAAGGAUGACAUUAUCACGAGUCUGCAGAGUAGACUAGAUAUUAUCUGUGAUGAGGCAGAUGGCGAGGCAGUUACAACUGAAACUAGCGGCCAGCAAGCAAAAGAUGGUGCUGAUACUCAGGAAGCAAGAGAUGGGAUAUCCAGUGAAACACCUGCUUCUCAUAUUGUUCUUCAAUCAUUCAGAAAAACAUGCAGUCUUUCACUUCCCCGAAGAGUCUUUGUUCCUUGGUUAGCGGGUACAUUUGUGUGUGACUACCUACAACCAUCUGAGACUUUUGAGGUUCUGAAAGAUCGAUGUGUCGAAUUGCUGUCUAUGGAAGCUCCAACAGAUAACGCAACAAUCUUGGAACCAGAAAUAGAUGCCCCAUCUGCAGUGACCAAAUCUUUUUGGGAUGUGGCGGUGCCACUUCCCUUGGCAUCCAACUCCCAUUCAGAGAAGAGCGGACUUGACAAAUUGAGGGGAGAAGGUGGCCAAAAAUCUUCACAGUUGUCUAAUUUCAACAUCAUGGCUGCUGUUAUAUUCCUUCUUCUCUCUAUAACUGUAGGAUACAUUCUCAUAUUCGUCAAGAGAUCAUAGUUAAAGCAAGCCUCACUUGUUCACACUGGUUAACUUUUUUUUGUCCUAUAAAAUCAAUUGACUUCGUCCUUUGAAUUUCCUUUUACUUUUAGGGUAAAAAUAUGCAGCUGAAUUAUUGAACAUUUAUAUGAUAAAUCCAUGGAAUUCCUUUUGUUUUAA